CCUUGAACAAUUACAGUUUCUAAAGGCAGUUCCUCUUUCCUAGCGGGGCGGACACUAACAGAGGAGAGGAUAUUUCCUGCCCCUCUGCUCUGCUCACCUCGUCCUUUACGUUACAAGUCACCGCUUCCGACACUCAACUUUCUCUUUUUAUUUGCAGACUGCUAGUAGCCGCUGCACUGCUAACUUCCAUUUUUGACUCUCCGUGUCUCCUCGGUCUCGGUUUCCAGCUCUGCUACUAAAGCUUUCAGAUUGGCUAGGGAGUCUGGAGCAGGGAGGGGGACCAGGGCCAGGAUCUUCGCCCCGGCUUGGCUUUGCUGCUGCUGGAUCGGACCCCGUCAGACAGAGAGGAGCCGACCCCAGCCCAGCGCCUGCAGCAGCGUCUGUAGCCUGAGUGUCGCUGAGAGACAAUGGGGCCAGCAGCUGGACCUGCUGAGAGCGAAGUGCCGCUGAAGCAGUUGUGUGUUAAUGGCAAUGGACACCUGGAGACUGGCGGGGAGCCAGAACCUCAUCGUAAUGGCAAGAAAUGUACAGUCUCCCUUGCAGUUGUGUUCUUGGGUCUCAUCAUCACAGUUAUUGUCCUGGCAGUGUUGUUAUAUAGACGUUCUUCAGCUGCUCUGGGCCCCUGGUUCCCUGCAUGCGCAGAUGGCUGGAUCGGGUACCGAGGGAAAUGCUACUAUUUCUCGGAGGCCAAAGGGAACUGGAACCACAGCCAGAGCCACUGCUCCUCCCUCGGUGCCUUCCUGGCUGCAAUCGACACCCAGCAGGACCUGGUUUUCAUGCUGCGCUAUAAAAGCAAAUUUGACCACUGGAUCGGCCUCCGGAGGGACCCGGGACAGCCCUGGAAAUGGGCCAAUGGCACCGAAUUCAACAACCUGUUUCCAAUAACAGCAGAUGGUGACUGCGCGUAUCUGAAUGAUGAGAAUAGGGUCAGCAGCUUGCGAUGCACCAGCGAGAGACAUUGGAUCUGCAGCAAACCUUAUGCAUUUACAGAGGCGACGGGGGCUGAUAAGAGUAUUGUGGAAAUUAGCCCUGAAAAAACCUGACUGAUCUCUGCUGACCAUCACAUCAGACAAAUUCCGGAAUAACAGGGAUUGCUCUGAGCACCAAGAAAAUUAUCUAUGUAACCUUUUAAAAUAUUUGCUGGGGGUGCAGCUAGGGGCCCUGCUAACGCUUCUGGAGCGCUUGCCUGGGACCGCCCGAGCAGUGGCCGGUGUGGCUGGCCCCGGGGCUGCCCCAGCUGUUUGGGUGGCCCUGGGGUCAGCCGCACCGAGCUACUGCAGAAGUCACAAAGUCACAUAAUCGAUGACUUCCAUGACCUCUGUGAAAGACACGCAGUCUUACUCAUGGGACACCUAGUGCCUGGUAUGUAGGAGAGAGGAGAAAUGUCUGUGUUCUCACUUCCUGGAGCCCAAUGGGUAGAAGGAGCAGGGGGGGGGUAGGUGUGACGCACACAGACCAGGUGCCAGCUGAUGCCAAAGUCCCCAUGUCUCAGUGGGACACUGACAAAUACCCAGCUGGGGUCAGGCUGGCUCACCUGUGUGUCAAAAUACGUAUUAACAUUCUAAGAAUGUGCUUAGACUUUAGUGAAUGCUUGUGAGCUGCUGCAGCAUUAAUCUCACUUCUGACAGCCAUAUCCACCAUUGUAAGUUUGUACUGGGCGCCUCUGACCGUGUAACUCACCAGAGGGGAGAGGGGCAUUAAGGAGUGUGAAGUGCUGAUCUCCAGCAGCUCAGAGCACAAGGGAGGAGGUGGGAUGCAAACCCUGAACAAGAAAUAAUUGUAUCUCUAUGCUACUUGGACUCCCUGUUUAAAUAUGGAUAGUACUAUAGUGAAUGAAACAAUGGAUUCACACUACUUUGGCUCUUUUGGGUACAAAUGUUAGUCGCUAAUUUGGCUUCUGAAUCAUUGAGUGUCACUGCUAUAGAUGUUUGUUACCUUGUGAAACUUAAGGUUCUAGCUUAGUUGUGUAUAUAUGUCAAUAACUCCUCUCCUUUUUGAUACAUUGUCCUGUAAUAAACUUGAUACAAACAUUGUCUUUGGUCUGAUAUCGAAGAUGUAAUUGACCUGGGUAAGCGCUUUUUGGAUGGGGAGUAACCUGAAUACUGCUGUGAUUCUGGCUGUAAGGAACAAUCAGUCAAAGGCAGGCUCAGCGGAGUACAUAAGGGGACUCCAUGGUUAGUCUGUUACAGUGCCUGAGUUUACACUAGAUCAGUGGUUUCAAACUUUUUUUUUCCCGCAGACCACUUGAAAAUUGCUGAGGGUCUUGGUGGCCCACUUAAUGAUCUUUCCAAAUAUUGUUUGUACCAUUAGCUAAUUAUUG